CAGUGAUCGUGAGUUGUGGACCAAGCAAAAAUUCUGCUGAAAAUUUUCCAUACAGAACUGAAAAGAAUCUUAAGAUGUUUGUGCUAAGAAUUAUUGUUUUUAUUGUCCUUUCUGCACUUUCUGUGAAUGCCCGGAAAAUUAAUACAAAGAGGAUUCGAGAAAUACCUAGUGAUCGAUUGAGCCUUGCCAAAUGGCCGUCCUAUAACAUUCUGGAGCCAGAUGGUCCUGGGACUUAUGCAUAUGGGUAUGAGGUUGAGGACCCAGUGUCCGGGAAUACCCAGUUUAAGGAUGAGGAACGGUUUAGGAAUGGAACAGUCAGGGGGGCUUAUGGUAUGGCAGAGGCUGAUGGAUCUGUGACGAUCACUCGAUACCAGGCUGAUAACAGAGGCUUCCGCUCCCGGACUGAGAAGCGAAAACGAGUAGGACCUUUCCAAACAAUUAGUUCAAUAGCAACUCCCUUCCCUCCAAGUGGACAGUCGCUCCAACCUACUCAUCCCGAGAUCGGUGGAUCAUCCACUCCAGCUCCUUUGAGUGAUCCCAUUGCCAAUGACAAUUUGGGAGGAUUUGGUCAUCAUAACUAUCCCCAACAUCCCAACGAUCAGCACAAAGCUUCGCUCCUGCCGAAUUACUUCUACCCCUUCCCAAGUCUUCGACCACCUCCGGCUUUCCUCCAAGCCCAUCAAGGACCAUUCUCUGGAUUUACUCCUCUGCAGUUCCCUAACCAAUUCCCUCCUCAAUUCAAUCCAUUCGCCAAUCGACGACCCUUCGAGAACUAUUUCCCCACCUACAAUCCAGGCUUCCACAAUGAUCGCUUCAAGAAUCCUCUUGCUGAUGAGAUAAUCACGAGUCCAGAUUCAUCAACUGCAGCUCCUCCGAUAAUUGCAGCACCUGCUGCUCCUGUCGCUCCACCUGCCCCAAUGCCCCCACAGAAUCCUCCAUUCUGGGUUCAACUAUUCCCAGGAGGAAACAUUUUCACGGGCAUCACAAACGGUCUUCAGGAAUUCGGGCAGAACCUCGGUCAGAAUAUCGGUCAAUUUGGACAAGGUUUCUGGGGCCUGACAAAUGGAAUUGGUGAUGCAUUCAAUCAAUUCGGAAAUUCCAUCGGCAUCAGAAAUCCCUUCCUGCCCCAACCAUCGGCUUCCCUAAGAGGAGUUCCCCUAGCUUUUCAGUUCAGAAACGUUCCAUUUGGGGAUCCAGAAGACCCUACUCAUGAAACCAUCGAAGAAGAGGAGAACAAUCAGGAAGCUUACCUUAUUGGAGAACAUGUAGAUGAUGACAAACUGAAAGUGAUCCCAGCAGACAAUUCCAUGGAGAUGACAGACAAAGCGAGAAUCUCGAGAAUAACCAGACUGUAAAGCUUAGUUGUAGAGCUUUUUGGCGGGAAAAUCACAUAACUUCAGGGGUAUUUAUUGAGCACUUGGAUAGUUCAGCACAUUUAUAAGGUUUCUACACUGAGAAAAAACACUGAUCACUGGAAUUCAGCUUACACUAUUUAUUAAUUUAUUUUAAUAUUUUUUUUCAAUAAAUAGAAUAAAAGAAUGAACAUGAAAUUGAAAUGAAAGUUCAUUAUUUUUAGUUUUUGAAUAAUAAGAAUUGUUUAUUUUUUCGAACAUGAUACAUGUUGUUAACAUGUUGUAAGUAUACAAAAUGAUUCUCUGAAGAACAAACAUUAAAAAAAAGAAGAAAAUAAAAUAAAUUACGAAUUUGUAAUGAAUAUAUUUCAAUCUUACUUAAUAUAUAUAUUUCUUAUAAAAAAGUUUUGUUAUUCUGUCCAACAAACAAUUUAGUGUCCUGUAAUUUUUAAAAAUACAAAAAACAUUUACUAAAAAAA